AGGUCCCAACUCUUCUUACGGUAAAUUGUGCGAGGAACGUAGGCCUACAGAAAUUACAGAAUGAUGUUUGACGUUUAGUCUACCUAAAUUGACUCAGUUAUGCCGAAAGCGAAGAACGCCAGACGUAUGCCUCUCUAGUUUUCAACUGCUGCCUACUGUGCCAAGCUGGCUGCGCACUUUCAGUUUCGUCGGAGAGGGAAGUGUUACUACAAAUCAUCAGUGGCUUCUGUAGCCUAUUUUCAGUUGAGUGUUAGUAUUCAAAUCUUCUUCUGAUCAAGAACAUGAAAACUGGAUUUUAGACGCGUUGGAGUAAAAGUGAACUGUUCGACGCCUGUCAUUAUUGUGACCUAUGAGUGUGGAAACAUGAGCCUGCCUCCGCCCUGUAUGCCCUUACAUCAGGAGAGGAAGCCAGUUUACUAAGAUACCUUGUGAUUCAGUACUUAAAGCUGGUUUCAGCGUGGUGACCAUGGCUCAGUGGGACCAGAUGAAGUUGGUGGUGCAGCGGCUGCCUAACCAGGCUCUGAAUGAACUCUAUCCCACCUCAUUCCCCAUGGAUGUUAGACACUACUUGGCCAACUGGAUUGAGGAUCAACCAUGGGAGGAGUUUGACAUUGAAAAUAUGGAACAAGAGCCCCAAGCACAGAGGCUUCGGGAGCAGAUUGUGCUGCUACUCAAGGAACAGGCCCACCAGCAUCAAAAUGUGCUUGAGAGAAUGAGACUGCAGGAUUUCAGCAGGAAAAUGAGCGUUGUCCAGCCAAUGAUGCUAGUUCAGACGGUGAGGGAUAUGCUGCGGAAGGAGAGGAACUUCCUUGGCCCGACGGGGCCAGCGAGGGCUCACUACCACCUUGGCCAAUGUCCGCCGGGGCAAGCCGUCCACCAGCCUGGGCUCUCGCCGAGCCCUAGAACCGUGAAUGGCAAUCCCAUAACCAAGAGCAACCAAGACAUGGACAACCUGGUCCUCAAAGUGCUGGAGAUACGCAACUACCGCCAAACCAUGCACCAGCUGCAGGAGGAGAUGAACUGGGAGAAACAGGAUGGGGAAUCCAUGUCAAGCCCCAUGCACUCCAGUGAGCUUGAUACAUCACAGUUAGAAAAGCAAAAACGCAUCCAACAGCUGGAAUACAAAUAUCAGGAGUUUGGCAAGAAACGCGUUCAGCUGCUGCAUGAGACCAUCGGCAUUCUCCAAGAGUGCCAGAAGCGCCUCAUCCAGAGAAUCAAGGACUGGAGGUGGGAGCAGCACCAGGCCACCAUUGGCGGUCCUUUUGAUGAGAACCUGGGGCCUCUGCAGACCUGGUGUGAACAGGUGCUAGGUGUGAACGUGCAGCUCAGACAGGAAGUCAUUUUGGUGGGACAGGAUCAUGGCAGUUCAGAUCCGUUCUCAGAUAUGCAGGAUCGGCUUGGGAAUCUGCUCAAGACCCUCAUCCAGAGCUCCAUGUUGGUGGAAAAGCAGCCUCCGCAGGUCAUAAAAACACAGUCCAAAUUUUGUACCACCGUGCGCUAUCUGCUUGGAGAGAAGGUGGCCACGGGCAAGCCCAUCCUCCUCAGGGCUCAGAUCGUCACAGAGAUGCAGGCGCGGAACUUGGGACAGCCCGGGGGCAUAGCCAUUGAGAACGUUGGGGAGCUCAUCAACAGCACGGCGAUAUUAGAGCAUAUCCCAUCCAGCAAAAGCAUGUGUGCCAACUUUCGAAAUAUGUCCAUCAAGAAGAUAAAGAGAGCAGACAGAAAGGGCUCAGAGUCAGUGACGGAGGAGAAGUUUGCCAUUCUGUUUACUGCUGACAUCGCCAUCACAGGAUGUGACACCACUUACGGCGUCCAGACAAUCUCCCUGCCUGUGGUCGUUAUUGUGCAUGGCAGUCAGGAUAAUAAUGCUAUGGCAACCAUCGUCUGGGACUGUGCCUUCUCAGAGCCGAACAGGAUCCCGUUUGUGGUGCCAGAGCGGGUACCCUGGACGCAGAUGCGGCUGACCCUGAGCAUGAAGUUUAUGUCUGAGGUUGGGACACAGCGUUGCCUAGACGACAACAAUCUGCACUUCCUUGCCCAGAAGAUUUUCAACAAACCAGACAUCUCUGAGGACUUCAGCAACCUCUUAGUGACCUGGUCCCAAUUCAACAAAGAAGUUCUGCCUGGUCGGCCAUUCACCUUCUGGCAGUGGUUCGAUGGCGUGAUGGAACUCACAAAGAAGCAUCUGACCCGAUACUGGAGUGAUGGUUUGAUCUUUGGCUUCAUUGGGAAGCAGCACCUGCACGUGAUCCUGCAGAACAAGCCCAAUGGCACAUUCCUCCUGCGCUUCAGUGACUCAGAAAUUGGGGGGAUUACCAUUGCCUAUGUAGCCCCAGCCGAGAACGGUGGCCGAAGAAUCCAGAACAUUCAGCCCUUCACCAAACGGGACCUGGAGAUCCGCUGCCUUGGUGACCGCAUCCGAGACCUGGAAUUCAUCACGCAUGUAUAUCCAGACCUGCCAAAGAACGACGUGUUUGGCCAGUACUAUUCAGCAGAUAUGUUAGUGCCUCUCCCGCAAUCCACAGAGGGCUAUCUCCCUACAACUAUAACCACCACAGUCGUUGGUGCAAUGGACCAUCCCAGCCCGUCUUCGAGUAUGAAUGAUGUACCAAUGGCUGCCUUUACUCAGUUCCCUGGGCCCAUGUCUCAGUUCUCACCGGACUUCAGUCCUUCUCAUUCCGCUGCCCAUGUAGCGCCAGUAUACCCCCACCAUUUUGAAGACUUCUCCAUUGCAAUGCCAGCAAAUCAGCCUGGGUCAAGUGAUGGCAUAUUGGACAUCCUCUCAGACUUUGAUGCAUCUAUGUGAAGACUAAUGGGAUGGCACAAGCCUCAAAGAUGUCACCUGGCAGAAAGAGACUGUUGCAAUAGACUGUGUUGCAAUCUGAGGGUUUGGAUUGUCAGUUUGUUGGGACAUCAUCAGACAGUGUUAGACUUUACACAAACUCCUAUUUUUUAUGAUGUGAGAGAGGCAGGGUCGAUAAUAGCUUAGUAAAUAUUAGUGAAGUGAUAAUAAACUCAAGCAGUUGGUUGGUGGGCAGAGAUUGACAUUAAAGGGAUCCCACACUAAAUGCAGUAUCCAGUCAGCAACUCUCCAUGGAUGGUCUCCUAUGGAUGGCUUUAACAUGCUGAAAUGGGAUGAGCUGAGCUUGAGACAACAGACCUGCAUCACUGUCCACUGGUGAGAACUACGAGAAAGCUUUUGGGAACCUGUCCUAGUAUUGAAAUGCUAUUCAUUCACACAACAUUACCGCCAAAGUGCCUUCCCCUGCAUAGUCUUAUUUUAUUUUUUUAUUUUUGAGGUUGUGGUCAUUUCCUUAUUUGUCACCAUGGCCUGCUUAACUUCAAUGUUUUCUACAUAUCCAACAAAGCUGGUACAGGAACCAGAGUUUUCUAUUCACCAGCUGUCUUCAUGUCCCUGUUUGUGUCCCAUUGAAAAGGGAGCGUCUUUUUAAUGAAAGUGAGAUAUCUUAGUUCUGAUCAGUGUGUCUUUACAAACUAAAAAUAGCACUUGACUGUCAGGGGUAUUUAGUGAUGCUUCACUUUAUAUCUGACAGGAGAUAACUCCCCUGUUAGCUUUGAGGAUGUGUAUAAGCUCCAUUUGCCUUUAUGGGGUCACUGAAAUGCAGCUCAUGCCAGAGUACAGUAUAUUAUGUCUGUGCUGCAAUGCAACAGCGAUGUGAGUGUAAUUGUAUCCAACACGCCAAUAUUCAGAUAGGCCCAAUACUUGGUUGUAUGUGUAUGUACAUUUUCUAAAUGUCUUCUAAAGCAUUCUCCACAAUCAUACAGUAUAUGCAUACCUCUAAGGUGAUUUAAAUUACAUUCUUACUUUUUCAAUCUUAAUUUUUCAGCGUUUUUGCCAUAUACUCUUGUUUAAAUGCUUUUAAUCUACUUUAAUAUAAUUGUAAAAUUGUUUAUCUCGAAA